AUGACGGAAAAGCAUAACCCUCUGAGAUCCGAACACCCCAGUUCUCAGAUGCCAAGCCUCGAGGAGCCAGUCCCAACAAUGCGACUGAGUAUGGACGAUUUUCCCGCGCUCCCAAAAUCUCAGGCCAGCGCGGCGCCUCUGAAGGAAAAGCAUGCCGCGAAGGCAAUGGAGACACCAGGCCAGGGUAAAACAGUGGUGAUCUCUAUGAGUGAGGGUUCGAACAUCUCACUUCAUUCCCAAGCUACUCCCGCAAUGGAUCCCGGUUCUCGUUCAAUCAAGCCCAAACAGGUUGGCGCCCUAUCUCGAGUGAAAACAGACACAACCUCGGCUCAAGCAACCACGACCGCCAACCCCCAAGCAUUCGAGGCUGGCCCUGUUAGUAGAGAGGGGCCAAUCAAGCCGGUUAGUGUAGCUGGUGAUAGUGCUUUGCCUGCAGGGCUAGCACGACCCGAGACAGGGCUUAGCCAGCGGCCAGCAAGUCAUGGUCCUGUUUCUGAUAGGACUUCUACGACUUCUGAAGGCUCGAAUACUGGCUUCACUCACAGCCAUGACGUCUUGGCUCCAGUUCGCGCUCCACCUGGUAUCAAAUGUUCAGAUGAAUGUAGGUUGCAAAAUCUCAUAGUCAUGGAGUCUGAAGCUGAGUUCAUGGACCCAGUUACAGUGGAUCAGGUCGGGCGAUGGACUGAAACGCGUCGACGUGAAUAUAUCGAGAACUGGAACACGCCUAAAAGGGGAUUGCAAAGGGAUGUUGAGUUUUGUCGCAUGCCGCCUGGGACAAAAUUCUAUGGUUCUGAAUCAAUUAAUGCUUCUAGCUCUUCUCUGGCCCUCGACAAUGAGAAAGAAUACAAUCAUAUCCUGUGGAACCCAAGGCACUGGUUCUGGGAUACACCAUCGACUUUUCGAAUGUCGCCUACUCACGUCAUAGCCGCGGACCCCCAAACGCAGCAACUAGUGUCUGUCUUCGAAAUUGCUUGCAAGAGAUUGGGGAGUUAUAUUGAUGGAUACUCUAAUUUUCAAAAACCCUCGGUUCUCCCUCCGACUGGACAUCGUUAUGUAAAGGGCUGCACCCCACGGCACCAUGCUAACUGGUUGGAUUGUCGAGGUAUUCCUGACUGGAAUAUUGCAGAGGUUUGCAAUAACCUCCUAAUUCAUCAAGACUUUCGAAACAACGCUUGCCAUGUGCCAUACAUGGGACCACCGGGGACCAGUUAUCCACGACCCUAUCGAGAUUCACGUAAAGCCACGAUACCUCGUAUGGACAUGACCACUCCCUUUCAUUCCUCCCAUCAUCUAGAUCAUUAUCCACAGCCUUUCUCGGCAAAUCCUGGGAGUUCAGCACAGAUACAAAGGGUUAUGGUUAGCCCAAGUUGCCACUGGGAUCCUGUCGACUACCCUGCUCAGACCUAUUACACUGCCUAUUCAGACAUGCAUAAUAACGAAAUGAUUCAGCAGUCGACGGAUUCUGUUGAGAACCUGGCAUCCUAUUAUGAUUUUCUCGAGGGUGCAAGCAGAACCGAACCCCCGCGCAUUACGAUCGAGGCAUGGGAACCAGAUCAAACCCCACGACCCUCCUUCGCAAGUUGCGUAAUAAGCCCCCGUUCUCUUCGGGGUAGAGAUUGCACGGAUACCAUCACUGACUCGAGUACCUUUAUUGACUCAAUCCCCGAGGAGCGUCCCCCACGCCCGCCCCACGCUGCUGCCCGUGGUAUUGCCCUCGCUCGCUAUGGAACGCAAGCCCCUGAUGGGUCUCCUAGCCCUCUCCCUCGAAGCCGCAGCAGACGACGACGGGGAUGA